AGCUUUCAGUCUUCAACCAAGGUCCGUCCUUCACACAAGUCUAUCGAUCGGCUUUGGCAACGAAGAAAACAUGGCCAGGAAAGUGAUCCUGUUACUCUUCAUAGCCGCUUGGUUAUCCGCGAGUGUUAGUGGACACGGAGAUCAUCCUGUUCCCGGUCGUGCCCUCGAUGGCCAAACCUAUGCCAUUAAGUAUCCGGAAGAGCAGCAGACCCAGUACUGGGUGGACAAGGCUCAGGCCAAGAUCCUGUCCAAGCUGGCCGAGGCUCAGGCCACGAACACCAACAAGGCCAAGAACGUGAUCCUGUUCCUGGGCGAUGGCAUGUCCGUGCACACGGUGACGGCCACCAGGAACCUGCUGGGCGACAGUGCCGAGCAGGUGUACUUCGAGGGAUUCCCCUACACCGGCCUGUCCAAGACUUACUGCGUCAACCGCCAGGUGGCCGACUCCGCCUGCACCGCCACCGCCUAUCUGGGCGGCGUUAAGGCCAACUACGGCACCAUUGGCGUCAAUGCCAAUGUUACACGGUACAGUUGUGAUGCCGCCCAGUACGAGGGAAAUCAGGUCCUGAGUAUCGCUCAGUGGGCCCAGGCAGCUGGCAAGGAUGCUGGUCUGGUGACCACCGCCCGUGUGACUCACGCCUCCCCAGCCGGUGUGUAUGCGCACAUCGCCGAUCGCAACUGGGAGAACGACUGGGAGGUGGCCAACAGGGGCUGUGAUCCCGAGCAGACCAUCGACAUUGCCCGGCAGCUGGUGGAGCAGCCGGUGGGUCAGGGGCUCAAGGUGAUUCUGGGCGGCGGCCGCCAGAUGUUCAUCAACGACACCUUUAGGGACGAGGAGGGAAUCCCCGGCCUGCGCAACGAUGGACGUCACUUGAUCAAUGACUGGUUGGAGCAGAAGAAGGAGGCCAAUGUCUCCGCCAACUAUGUGUGGAGUCGCAAGGGUCUCAGCCUGGUGGAUCCCGAAAAGACGGACUAUCUGCUCGGCCUGUUUGCCACCUCGCAUCUGCCCUACAACGGUGACCGGAUCAGGAAGCGCAGCCAGCUGGCGGAUCCGUCGCUGAGCGAGCUCACUGAAGCCGCCAUCCGAGUGCUGAGCAAGAGCUCCGAGGGAUUCUUCCUGUUUGUCGAGGGGGCCCGCAUCGACAUGGCCCACCAUGACACCUACGCCCGACGAUCCCUGGAGGACACUGCCGAGUUCGCCAACGCCGUGAAGAUAGCUCGGGAGCUUACCUCCGACGAGGAUACCCUCAUCGUUGUCACCGCCGAUCAUGCCCACGUCAUGUCCAUCAAUGGUUAUCCGGAGCGCACCCAGGACAUUACUGGCCUGGCCCAGAAUGCAGAUGAUGGUCUGCCGUACACCACCCUCUCGUAUGCCAACGGUCCUGGCUACUACAAUGGCUAUAAUCGCGUCGAGGGACGUGCCAAGCUUAAGGCCAAGUCCCUGGAUGAUGCCGACUACCAGUACCCGACUUUGGUGCCCCUGGACGCGGAAACCCAUGGCGGUGAUGAUGUGGCUGUGUACGCCUCGGGUCCCUAUGCCCAGUACUUCAGCGGCACCUACGAACAGAGCAACAUUCCGGCUCUGAUGGCCCGGGCCGCUGGUAUCGGACCCUACGCCUAGGAUCAAGAAAGUAUAUCCUUGCUCAGUCCUCCCACUUGGGGUGAAUCCAAUUAAAAUGCACCACAGCUAAAA